AUGAUCAUCCUAAGACAAGCAAUAAGAUGUAUGAAAGAAAUUACUCCCAAUAUCCGGGCAAUGUCAAGUCAAAGCCUUGUAAACCUGAGUGUGGAUAAAGACAAUGCUGAAAUUGCUAUUGUUACAAUGCAAAGACCUCCAGUAAAUAGCUUGAAUCUAGAAUUACUUCAAGCAAUUAGUAAGACUCUUGAUGAGAUAGCGAAAAGUAACUUUAGAGCUAUGGUUUUGACUUCGGCUUCACCAACAGUAUUUUCAGCAGGUAUAGACAUAAUGGAGAUGUAUAAACCAGAUAUGAAAAGAGCUGAACAAUUUUGGACAACUUUACAAGAUGUUUGGCUAAAGUUAUUUGAAACUAAAAUUAUAACUGCAGCGGCAGUCAAUGGACAUUCUCCUGCAGGCGGGUGUUUACUAGCGAUGGCAUGUGAAUAUCGGGCUAUGGUGUCAGGUAAAUACACCAUAGGUUUGAACGAAACUGCUCUAGGUAUUGUCGCUCCGAGAUGGUUUAUGGACUGUAUGGUGAAUACUAUUCCUCAGAGAGAGGCUGAAAUAGCACUGACUACAGGCAAACUGUUCACGAUCGAAGAGGCAUUGAAGGUGGGACUUAUAGACGAGGCGGCAAAAGACAAAGAUGACGCAAUAGAAAAGUGUAAAGGUUUUAUAGCGAAGUUUGACAACAUCCCGCCCAUGGCUCGAGCAGUGACUAAGCUAAAAUUUAGGGAUCCUUCAACCCAGUGGCUCAAGAAUAACAAAAAAGCAGAUUUAGAUGGAUUCUUAAGUUAUCUAAAAUACCCUCAGGUUCAACAGUCGUUGGAAAUGUACAUUCAUAUGUUGAAGGCGAAACAGAACAAAUCAUAA